UAUAUAUAUUUUUUUUUAAUAACGUAUCAAUCAUUUCGUGCUAGUCAGAAUAUAUUUUACAAAUUUAACGAUAAAUAAAUCCUGUAGUAAUAUAAGAUGUAAAACCAAUAUCCCAAAAAUUGAGUUAUGGACCAUAUACUCCUGUACGAUCAUGUCACACAUAAUCCCCACAUGAAGCAAUCUCGCACAUAAAUUUGAAAGGGUUUUUUUCUUUUGAUUUAUUCAGUACAUGAAAUGUAUUUUUUUGAAAAGUUACCAUCUUUUUUAAUACUUCUCAUACAUCAUUAUCAAACCGUUUCCCCUAAAGAAAUUUGUAAUGUACGUAUGGUUCAAUUUACAAGGGGAUGGCGACGUAGUUUGUUGCUCGUCUACCUGCUAUCAUGUGUAAUUUGCCCUGAUUAUUGGAAUGAAAAAAUUGUCAUUCGCUUUAAAAUUUUACAAGUUACAGACAUAUACAUUAGCAUUUUGUUUUACAUGCAUUUUUAUAUUUUCGUUAUUGUUUUUGUGAUUUUUUUAUGUUAAAUGUGUUAAAAUUUCAAGUUAAAUAAGUUUUGUUUCUUACAACCCACAAAUACACUUAAGACUACUAUAUUCAUUUAUUUAAGGGUUUUGUGUAAACUUUAACCAAAAAACGAGUAACACUCGUCAGAUAUCUAUUAAUACAAUCCUAGUUUCUUAAUAUUAAACAAUUUCUAAUAAUACAAUCCUAGUUUCUUAAUAUCAAACAAUUUUAUCCCUAAAACGAAGUAAAAUAUAUAUAUUUUUUUUAUUACCGUAUCAAUCAUUACGUGCUAGUCAGAAUAUAUUUUAUAAAUUUCAAACGAGAAAUAAAUACGUUGCUACUCUAAGAUUGUAAACCAAUCUCCUUUGGAUGUAUAUAGAGUUAUGGACCACAUACUCCUGUACGAUCAUGUGACAACCACACAAUUCCACAUGAAGCUAUCUCCCAAAUAAAUACAUAAGUUACAUGUUGCCCUGUGAUUACCACCACUUUCUUACACAAUGACAGACCACCGGAAAAACAAAAUCAUGAUUGUCGCUUACCCGAACCAAGGCCACAUAAACCCAUCCCUCCGUUUCGCCAAAAGUCUUGUUAAGAUGGGAGUCGAUGUCACCUUUUCCACCAGCGUUUCGGUCAUACGACGCAUUGACAUGCAAACCACCCAUCACAGCCUAACCUUUGCCCCAUUUUCUGAUGGACACGACGAUGGCCAAAAAUCGACUACCACCUUUCAACAACACUACUCAGAUUUUGCUACUAACGGUGUUUAUGCGGUGAAGGAAAUAAUUAGUUCCGCGGCUGCAACAGGACAACCCUUUGAUGACUUGGUCUACACUAGUGCCGUACCAUGGGCAGCAAAGGUGGCUCAUGCCCACAAUCUUAAAUCCACUCUCCUUUGGUGCCAACCAGCCAGUGUCUUGGAUAUUUAUUAUUACUAUUUCAACGGCUAUGAGGAGUUGAUAUCUUGUAACAAUAACAACCCAACAUUUCCUAUCAAUUUACCUGGACUUCCAUCGUUAACCAUCGCUGAUUUGCCAUCCUUUAUGUGGUCAUCCUGUCCCAAGGAGCAUAAAUUUAUUAUGGACUUUAUGAAAGACCAUGUUGAUGUACUCAAGAUAUUUCCAAGAAUACUCGUGAACACUAUUGAUGAACUUGAAAUUGAUCCCAUCAGAGCAAUUGAAAAAGUUGUGAUGCUUCCGGUUGGGCCACUCGUACCAUCCGAACUCUUUGAGGGAAGUGGGCCAUCAAAUAGUCCAUUCAGCUGCGAUUUAUUCGAAAAGCCAAUUGAAGAUUAUAUCAAAUGGCUUAACACAAAGCCAAAAUCGUCAGUCGUGUAUGUUUCAUUUGGAAGUAUGGCGACUUUGUCAAUAGAACAGGUGGAGGAGAUGGCAUCUGGGUUGGUUGAAAGUGGCCGGCCAUUUUUAUGGGUGAUUAGAGAUAGUGGCCAAGUAGGGAAAUUGAGCAAGAUAGAGGAACUUAAGAAGCAAGGGAUGAUAGUGAGUUGGUGUUCUCAAGUGGAGGUAUUGAACCACCAAGCAAUUGGGUGUUUCCUUAUGCAUGGUGGGUGGAAUUCGACGAUGGAGGCGUUGGCAACCGGUGUUCCAACGGUUGUGUAUUCGCAAUGGUCAGAUCAGGCGACCAAUGCAAAGAUGAUUGAAGAUGUUUGGAAAACAGGUGUUAAGGUGAAAAGAAGGAAGGAAGAUGGAAUGGUGGAAGGGAAGGAGAUUAAGAGGUGUGUGGAAAUGGUAAUGGAAGAUGAAGAGGUGAGGAGAAAUGCUAAGAAAUGGAGGGAGUUAGCAAGAAAAGCUAUUAGUAAUGGAGGAUCAUCUGCCAUCAACCUAAAAGCCUUUCUGGAUGAUGCUUGAAAUAAGAUAUCAGUCAUAAGAACACCAAGUUCCAUUUAGAUGUAUCUAUAAGAUAUCAAUGGCACAUGAAACCAUACUAAAUAAGUGUUAAAACUUAAACACCUAGUGACAUUAUAGAGACAUAGCAGAUGAAUGGAAUUCCAUCUGUUUCUAUAAUUGAAUUCAUUAGGUGCAUUAUGUUAUAUGUUAUGUGUUAUGCAUAGUUGUAAAAAAUAUCCAAAAGUAUCCUGUAAUAAGUUCUUGAUAUACGGUAGCUUAAAGCAUUUUCAAUCCAAACUUGCUUCUUCCA